AACUGAACUUCCGUUUAGCGCUGAAAGGCUAAAAAUGGCCGAGGUUGAUUUCGGAGAUAGCGAGCUUUUCCAGCAACUGGAGGACGCUUCACCGCCGGCCUCAAGGCACAUUCACUUCACAGACGAUGAUGGAGAAAAUGAAGAGGCGAGCCAGCUUCGGGGCAGGCUGGAAGAGUUUGAAGAUAAUAUUGAGAGACUUUCUGAGGAAAAUAAAGUAUUAAGACGCAAACUCAACAUCCUGACACGACCAAGUGGCAUCACAGUGGAAGAUGUCAACAUCGACGGGCCACUUCUUCAGGUCCUUUUUACCAACAAUGUUAUAUCAAAGCAAUGUCGUCAGGAAAUCGAAGACUGCAUCUGCAGUGUAAUUUUUAACCAUCAGAAACCAGGCAAUGAAAAGAAGAUAUCAGUGUUUCACAUGAAACCACAGAAUUCAGCUUUUGAGUUGGAUGAAGAUCCUGAUAAAUUGUCCUCCAGUAGUGUGAGAACCACAACAGAAGCCUUUAAAGUUGUUGGGAGCGUUUUAUAUUUUUCUUCCUUCAGUGUUGACAAACUUGGCCAGCCUUUGGUGAAUGAAAACCCCCAGCUGACUGAUGGAUGGGAUGUUCCAACCUACCAGCAGGUUUUUACCCAAGUUAUUGGGACAGAUGGAAUGGAAAUGGAAACUAAAAACAGAAGACUCAAGUCCAUGUGUUUCAACUGUGGCUGCAGCACUCAUCAGCUCAGAGACUGUCCACAGCCUAAAGACAUGGCUGCGAUCAACGAAAGAAGAAAAGAGUUUAAUCAGAACUCGAGCCAGAUCACACAGAGCAACCAACGUUACCAUGCUGAUGAAGUGGAGGAACGCUUCGCCAAUUUCAAGCCUGGAGUCUUGAGUGAGGAGCUUUUAGCGGCCCUGGGAGUGGAUGGUAACACCCUCCCUCCUCUGAUUUAUCGAAUGAGGAAGCUAGGUUACCCACCAGGAUGGCUCAAAGAGGCGGAGAUGGAAAACUCUGGCUUAUCACUCUAUGAUGGAAAUGUAUCAAAUGAUGACACUGGCAGCACUUCACAAAACAUCUCUUAUGACCUUUCCAAGCUGGUGGAUUUCCCAGGCUUUAAUGUGUUGGCACCUCAUCAAAUAAAGGAUGAGUUCAUGCAUUACAGUUCGAUUCCAAUGCAGACCAGUCACAUGAAGCAGAACUAUGCAGCCUACCUGUCCAACAACUUUCCUAAGUCUGGUGUCGCUUGCAACAAAAGACGACAAGAGUUUGACUCAUCCCCCCACCUCAGGAAAAAGACAAAGUCUAGCCCCGAUGUGAAUUCAGAGAGAAGCUCAGAUAUGGACGUUGAAUCAGAUCCAGGAACACCUUAUUCAUGUUGCUCUGGUGACUUCCAUUUCCAGCCACCACUACCUCCGGGGUCCCCUUGCUACAGUUCACCUCCCCCUUUACCCCAGGGAACUCCCCCCUCCACACCUACUCCCCCACCUCUCCCUAAAGGUACGCCUCCGCCAACUCCCACCAACGGCUCUCCAGCUCUGCAGAGGCGUAACGUGCCGCCAGUCGCUGAGACUGUGGACGGAGCAGAAGACGAUCUGACUCUGGAGGAGCUGGAAGAGCAGCAGAGGUUGAUCUGGGCAGCUCUGGAAAACGCUGACACAGCCACAAAUAGUGACAGUGAGGCGGCUGCUUUGGGAACACCUGGUACCAGUUCACCCAGUGUUUCCACGCCAGCACACAUUGACACGGAAAUGGAAGAUGUUGACGAGUCGGUGGACAGAAGUCCUGAACCUUGCCAUGACAGCGAGAAUCAAAAGGAACCAGAUGUACAAGAGAGUUCGACUGCAAUCACUGGACCCAUGAAAGUAGAGGACGAAAGUCCUCAGAGUCCUGAGCCGGAGCCUGUCAAGCCCCAAGAUGAUAGCCCUGAGAGCCCAGAUCCUGAGAUCUCUGAGGAGAGGACUGGAGAUACGUCUCUUAAGCAUGGGGAGAAGAUUAUAGCAGUUCCUCAUCGGAGCAAAUUUGCAGCUGGCAUUGUUCCAUUUGAAGAUACUCCUGAAUUUACAGAAGUAGCUGAAGCCACUGGAACAUACCUGAAAAUCAGAGACUUACUCAAAGGUUCUCCUCGAAGCAUGGCAAAGAAAAAAUAAAACGUUCGUCUCAUGGAUUCAGAACAUAACAUGGACACUUUUAAUCUAAAACUUCUCAGUUUCACUAAACAUAACUGUUUUAUUUUUGUUUUGUUUUUAGGCAGUUCAUCUGUAAGACUACAAUGACUACAGUUUAAGUUUCUCUACCAGAAACAUUACCUUUUUGAGUUUUGUUUUUUUAUAUGAAGUCUGUAUAGUGUUUAAUUUUUAUAUGGUCGUGUUUAAGUGACUUUUUUUCUCCUAUCAAAUUUGGAUUGCUUUAAAGUCUUAAGUAAACAUGCCUGUGCUCUCUC